GGCUGUGUACUUGAUUUUUUUCCCGGCGUCGGUCUGUGGCGCGCUGUGUGGUCCAGUGUCUCGUUUAUGAAUGGCCCUGACAUGGAGGAAAUUCCGUUUCAGAAAGUCAAAACCCGGCGGAAGAAAAGCCACUGUCCACCCGGUGUCCCUCUGACUACCAUCGCAUGCGAGGAUGAGUUCGACUGCAAGGAGCUGGAGUGUCUGUUCCAGAACUACAACCUAAAGCUGGAGCAGACGUCCACUCUCAAAGCCCUGGCGGUGCUCAUCGUCAUGGCAUCGACGCUGGCCGUGGUGGAGUUGCUGUCCGGCCCCAAUCUGACCAUCUCCAAGGGGUCCCAUCCGGUCCACUGUAUCGUCUUCGUGUCCCUCUUCAUUGUCACCAAUGUCAAGUACCUUCAGGUGACCCAGCUCCAGCAGAUCGUCAACCUGACCUUGCUCUUCGGCUUCACCUUCUCGUUCCUCUGCUGUCCCUUCUCCCUCGGCGCGGUGGGGCUGGAGCCCCCGACCAACCCGGAGCAGGGCAUGUGGCAGCUCAUGCUGGUUACAUUCGUUGCCUACUCGCUACUGCCCGUGCGGACUCUGUUAGCAGUAAUGUUUGGAAUAAUGAUUGCCAUCUCCCAUAUAAUUGUGACAGCCACCUCCGUGACAGUCGAGACGCAGAAAUUAUGGAGAACGGUAAGUAGUGGGUGCAUGUAGGCUAUACAUAGUUCACCACCAGGCUAGGCUAUUCGAAGCAUGGCUAAUGGUGAUUUUAUGAAGAACAGACAAGGGAAAAGCGAGAGGAAGCAAUGAGUUUGUCAAAAUGAAGUUCAGCACCAUCAAGUGGACAGCGACCGGCGGGGCUCACCGACUGGCGCGCGCUUCAUACAAAGUCUGAGCGCUGCUUGUGCGUCUGCUUUGCAUAUGAAAGGCAUACAAUGUGAAAAUUCUAAAAUGAAAUAUGUUUCGGUUUUAUAUCUGUAAUAGCCUACUAGGCUAUAGUAGAAAGUGCAAAGCUGUGUGAGAUGAAGUGCGGAGAGGUGCUCAGUAGCUCAAUCUAAUCACGGACUUCAAUGACUUGUGGCUGAUUGUGAUCACCACUACAGACAGGACAGCACGGCCUGGAAUUUAGGUUUACUAGUGUUUUAACGAUUUAUCUUUCCUACAAUGGCCGAAGAUGUAACAUGCUUUUCCCAAAACACCACGCAGAGAGAAAUGUCGCUAAGUGCGUUGUUGGAGCAUGUGUCAAUUGAUAAAAUCGAAAGAAAGGGAGCGCUGCUCUCAUAUCAGCUUUCUCCAAUCAAAUCUUACCUUAACAUUAAAAUUAUUUCACAAUACUGACGACGGAUCAGCACCUAUUACCAGCUACGGCUGCAAAUAUUGAGGCGGCUUAUUCACACUAGGCACACUGGUUGAAUCAACGUUGUUUCCACGUAAUUUCAAUGGAAUAACGUUGAACAAACGUGGAAUAGACGUUGAAUUGACAUCUGUGCCCAGCACUAAAUCAUAGAUUUUAGGCUACACAUCAUAUAAUGUAUUGAAACAAGUUACAUACAGUAACCUACAAGUAUCAAAAUAGAACUUAAUUGAUUGAACUUGAAAUGUAUUUCAAUAUGAUUGAAAUAGGCCUAUAGCCUACUGUUUAGGCUAUAGUUUAAUGCAGUCAUUUCGGUUUUCAUUUGAAGUAUAUUUUUAUACUUCGCUUGUUUGUAUCAAUUGCAAAGACAUUGGCAACUUUGUAUUUGGAGUCAACUUUGUUCUGAAGUUAUCAGCGGUCACAGAGAGAUGGAUAAACCAUGUGAUUCUAUGUUUAGCGGCGAUCUUUCUGUGUAUAAAGUUACGGGGGAGGGCAACUAACGACGCGCUUGGCUGGCUGUUCAACGAGUGGUUUGAGGCAGGCCUUAGAUUACUAGUAUUUUCAUGUGCAACGUUAAUAACGAUGUUUUUGGGAAACAGCUCGGAGAUUUAACGAUGCUCAUACGAAGGAAGGUUCUAUCGAUUAACUUAGGCUUAAGAUGCUUUUGGGAAACCGGGCCCAGGUCUGGUCAGUCAAAGCAUUAGCCGGCUUUCCAUGUUGACAUUGCUUCUGAUGUAUGCUAAUAGUUUCAUGUUACUAAAAUGGUAGCGGGGACAUACAAAUAGGCAAUAGAGCUGCGUCUGUCUCACACCAUUGACUUCAAAAUUGCCUGUGUGAUUGAUUUGACUUGGGUACGUGAUUUGCGUGGCGAAAUUAUUGACACCCUUGAUAAAGAUGAGCAAUAAUGACUGUAGGCCUAUAAAAUAUAUAAUCCAAAUACUAAGCUAUAAAAUAAAUAAUUCAAAUACUAAGCUACAGUAUAUUGUAUGCAGAAAAAUAGGGAAAUUAUAUUAUUUAUAAUUCUGUAAGGUAUUUUUUUUUUUUUUUUUUAUACGUUUGCAAACAUUUCUAAAAACCUGUUUUCGCUUUGUCAUUAUGGGGUAUUGUGUGCAGUUUGACUAAGGAACAUUUUUAUUUAAUCCAUUUUAGAAUAAGGCUGUAAGGUAACACAAUUAGGAAAAAGGGAAGGGGUCUGAAUACUUUCCGAAUGCACUGUAUGUCUAAUAAUAUGACCCAACCUCAUAUCAUCCUCACACUGCCAACACAGUUGAACAAAACAAACAGGACCACACAGAGAGAGCAGACAGACUGUGCUCAGACAGGAUUCACAUACAUAGGGAAUAUCUGGUCCAUUUAGGCUGAAAAGUCCUUGAUGCAGAGCCCAAGUAGGCCGACAGUUAAUAAAAGGUCAAGCAAAGCCAGAUAAGUUAUUUCAGGACAGAAAUACCAAAAAUGUCUUGACAGUCUCAACAAGUUGUCUCAAUCGCUCUUGGUCUCAGCUCUAGUUUGCUUUAUUUCUUUAGCAUGUGGCAUAUAAUAUCUUGCUCCUGUAGCCUAUACGUGGGCCAGAAGGACGGUGUGUGAAGGACAGUGCUAGCAGUUGCAGAGUACAGCCUAGGAAGGGAAAGCUAAUCCAUUAAGCUUGGAGAUUAGCUCAGUGGUAUGACCGUAAAGGACCUGUGUUUCAACCUACCAACAACCACCAAACAAGCCUAUAGGCCCCAUUCCCUUCAGGGUCACAGUGAGGCUAUGUGUGUUGUAAACAAACCAAUAAACCUCAGUCAGAGAGAGAAGGACGUAGAAGGACACUUUCCCCUCUCCUGAUUAGCCACUACAGCAUUGCUAAAUUCUGUUAGAAGAGUCCACCGAUACACCAAUCAUGUUUGAUCAUGAUAUUUGAGUCUCGUCAUCUGCAUCGCAGUCUCAUGAGACCAUGGAUUUCUUGUACCUUAUGAAAGUUGCUAGUCAUGUUGACAGUAUCAGCUUGUCCUCAUCAAAUACAACCACACACCCUACAGUACAGUACUGUACAGUAAAGUACUGUGCUGUAUAACUAAUUAACUUAUUGGCUGCUGUUGCCCGUAUUGUGUUGUCUAAAUGAGCUGCUUGUUCUUACCAGUCUAUCAAUUACCUAUACUGAACAAAAAUAUAAACGCAACAAUUUCAAAGAUUUUUCUGAGUUACAGUUCAUAAGAAAAGCAGUCAAUUGAAAUUAAUUAAUUAGGCCCUAAUCAAUGGAUUUCACGAAUGGGCUGGGGAGCAGCAAUGGGUAGGCCUGGGAGGGCAUAGACCCACCCACUUGGGAGCCAGGUCCACCCACUGGGGAGCCAGGCCCAGCCAAUCAGAAUGAGUUUUUCCCCCACAAAAGGGCAUUAUUACAGACAGAAAUACUCCUAAGCACCCCCCUCCCUCUGCUCAGACGGUUCCGCAGGUGAAGAAGCCGGAUGUGGAGGUCCUGGGCUGGCGUGGUUACACGUGGUUUGCAGUUGUGAGGCCAGUUGGAUGUACUGCCAAAUUCUCUAAAACAACGUUGGAGGCAGCUUAUAGUCGACACAUUAACAUUAAAUUAUCUGGCAACAGCUCUGUUGGAAAUUCUUGCAGGCAGCAUGCCAAUUGCACGUUCCCUCAAAACUUGAGACAUCUGUGGCAUUGUGUUGUGUGACAAAACUGCACAUUUUAGAGUAGCCUUUUAUUGUCCCCAGCACAAGGUGCACCUGUGUAAUGAUCAUGCUGUUUAAUCAUCUUCUUGAUAUGCCACACCUGUCAGGUGGAUGGAUUAUCUUGGCAAAUGAGAAAUGCUCACUAACAGGGAUGUAAACAAAUUUGUGCACAACAUUUGACAUAAAUUAAUAUUUUUGUGCAUAUGGAACAUUUCUGGGAUAUUUUAUUUCAGCUCAUGAAAAAUCGGACCAACACUUUACAUGUUGCGUUUAUAUUUCUGUUCAGUAUAUAUUACGGUAGACCUUGUAAACACCAGUGGCGAAUCACCAAUCAGGGUCUGUAGAAUAAAUGACUCCUUGUUGAGUAUUGCUCCUGGUGAGGAAGGCAGGCUGACAUUAUACAGUGUAUGAUUGUGUGUGUGCUCGUGCAUGGGUGUGGGUGUAUGUGCAUGUGUGCGUGUGUGUGUUUGGGUUGUAAAGGUCACUUCUCCAGGCCCAGUCAUGCUCAGCCACAUGGAAAAUACUCAGUUCACACAUCAGGCUCUGUUUAUCUGUUGUUCUCUCCUACCUGACCUACACUCAGCUGGAAGCACAGCCCACCUACGUUUACCCCUCUGUGAUGUUUCUCAAAUGCACACACACACACACACUGAUUGAUUGCUUCCAAAUGUGUGAUGACAAGACAAAGCAUAUACUUAAUUUUUGGCUUCAAAUUAAUGGUUGUGAAUGUACAGUACAUCUAUUUUCUCUUCCUCUAUCUAUACUAUGCAUCAGUCCAUCAGCGUGUAAUGUGUUUAGGCCAGGUGGGUGGUUUCUGAUACCUCAGUUUCACCUGGCACUUUAUGCAUUAAAGGGGCAAUCAGCAGUUCAAAGAAUAACAAAGCGGCGCACCCAGCUACUGAUUUGUUAAAUAGCUGAGGGAUGGGACUGGAAAAUGUAACCACAAUAUAAUUCAUAGACAGAGGACUGCAAGGACUGACCAUCCAUGAGAUAUACAAUUAUACUUUUAACCAUGUUUUGAGGCUAUACAGUGUUUGUUUUAAAUUGCAUUGUUUAAAUCUAUAUUUCAGAUUGUCAACAUAAUGGCCUUUUAACACUCGGAGUGCCGAAAUUCCAUAACUACUAGAAUGGCCAUGACAGUCAUUUUGACCGUUAAUAUUUAAAUUGUGUAAAUAUUCCAUAAUAAAUAGCUAAACUAAUUCAUUUUUUUAAAUGUUCAAAUAGCUAAUGGCCCAUCCAAACCACACCUAAACUACAGUAUAUUGAAAAUUAUUUCACAUAUAUAAUAAUAGAUGUGGUCUAAAGACAAGAUUAAAUAGACAAUAGUCUGAUGGGUGAUAACAUUAUCAAUUGCCAAAUUGAGAAUACAGAGACUGAUGACCUGCGCAGUGUGCAUUGACAGCGUCCAUUGACAAAGAAGGGAAUGGAGCUUACCAUAAAACGCUUUUUCAAAUCAUCCUACAGAGGUCCAUGCAGGCAAUAUGUUUUGAUUGCCAUACCCUAUCGGAAAGAGCAGAUUCUAAGGUUUCCAAAUUCACCUAGUUUUGCCAAACAACUCUCAAAAUAGCACAGAAUAUGCUAUAUAUAACUUUGUCCUAGUCUAACCACGGCUCCACUCUUCCUCAUGUGAGUACUGGUGACAAUCAGCAAUAGCCUUUUGGGAAAAAAAUAUUUUCUAUUUUAUUCUGUUAUAUUCCUUUAUAUUCUUACUGUAAAAUAUAUGUGCUGACUGUGGCUGGGCAGGGAAAUGAAUAUAAGCGUGUUAUGUCUGCUAAAUUAACAAGUUGAUUUAAUUGGCAUGGAACAGCCAUAUAGCCUUGGCUAAUAAGCACACAUACAGAAAACUCAAAACAUGCUAUUCUGUUAUUUUGAAAUAAAUUGUCUUCGUAUCAUGUUUUAUAUGACCUUCCUAAACUAAAUAUUAAUGAUUUCUCUGUGAAUGUAAAAUACACAUAUUUUGGAAAAGUCAAGGACAGGUCGGUUCAAGGUUUUUAUUGAAAGGAAGUUAUUGAAAUUACAAAAUUGAAAACAGUCAGGUUGACGUCUUGGCGGCUCUGACCUUCUCGUUCUAGAAAAUAAAUAUCCCAGUGUUUCCCCUAGGAUUUUGGAAAAAAACUGCAUCAUGUAUUUGGUAUUUAAGACAGUCUUAACUUGCGAGCGUAGUCCUAUGUAGCUCAGUUGGUGAGAGUAUGGCACUAGCAAUACUAAGGUCACAUGUUCAAUUUCUGCAGGGAUCCUAUGUCACUUUGGAUAAAAGCAUAUGAAGCAUAUGCUAAGUGCCAUAAUGUUGUGUUGUUUGUGCUUGCAGCUGGUGGCCAACAUGGUGCUGUUUACCAGUGUGAACCUCUCUGGAUUGUUUGUGCGCAUCCUGACUGAGCGAGCACAGAGGAAGGCUUUCCUACAGGCACGCAACUGCAUCGAGGAGAGGCUACGCAUGGAGGAUGAGAAUGAGAAACAGGUAUAAACACACACACACACACACACACACACACAUACACAAACACACAAUAACAGAAGGCAUAAGGUUAAAAUCAUGUGCAUGAUGGCUCCUUUAUGCAUGGCUCCUUUCUUUCUCUCAUAUUCUUUUUUUAAACACACUUGGUGACUCAUUCACACAGUUUUUCAAUUCCGUUUAUUCCACCAGCUUUUGUCUCUCACUUUUCUUAUCUGCACCACCCCCAACACUCUCUCCUCUCAUAUUCUCAAGUCUGAUUGACUUUUAAGUAUAACUCUCUUUCCUUCUCCUCGCUCUGUCCUUUUCUCUCUCUCUCUCUCACCCACCCACCCACCCACCCACACAGGAGCGGCUUCUGAUGAGUUUGUUGCCCAGGAACGUGGCGAUGGAGAUGAAAGAAGACUUCCUGAAGCCUCCUGAAAGGAUCUUCCACAAGAUCUACAUCCAACGCCACGACAACGUC